AUGAAGUUCAGUGCCAAGGUUAAGCUAUUGCUGUGGAAGAACUGGACCCUCCGGAAAAGGCAGAAGUUUCGCUUUUUUGUGGAAAUAUUCUGGCCCUUAUCACUGAUUCUUGUCCUGGUAUGGCUGAGAAAUGCAAACCCAUUGUACAACCAACAUGAAUGCCAUUUUCCAAACAAGGCGAUGCCUUCGGCGGGGGUGUUGCCAUGGUUACACGGAAUUUUCUGCAAUGCCAACAACCCGUGUUUUAGAAGUCCUACACAUGGAGAGUCGCCUGGCGUGGUUUCAAACUACAACAAUUCCAUCCUUGCAAGAGCUUAUAAAGAUGCCCAAGAUGUACUUUCGGAGAAGCCUGAAAUACAACAUCUUGGCCGAAUCUGGAAGGAACUGUAUACUAUAUCCAAUUUUAUGGAUACCGUUCGGACUAACCCUGGAAAAGUUUAUGGACGCGGUUUACGAAUCAGAGAGAUCUUGAAGGAUGACGAACUGCUGACCCUGUUUUUGCUGAAAGAUGUCGGACUGCCUGACUCUGUGGUGUACCAGCUCAUAAACGCUCAAGUGCGGGUUGAACAGUUUGCAUUUGGUAUACCGGACCUGUCUCUGAAGGACAUAGCGUGCAGCCAGAGUCUCCUGGAUCGAUUCAUCAUAUUCGGCAGUCGCAGAGCAAUGCAUACAGUGCGUAAUGCAAUGUGUGUCUUGUCCCAGCAGAGGUUACAGAGAAUAGAAGAUGUGCUGUAUGCUAAUAUUGAUUUUUUCAAAGUGUUCGAAAUUCUUCCAACAAUUCUAGACGGCAGUUCCCGAGGGAUUGAUCUCAGAUUCUGGGGAAAAGUUAUCGCUAAUAUGUCAGACUCACUGAGAGAGUUGUCACAGAAAGAAAGUAUCCAGGAUCUUCUGUGGGUUCUGCAGCCUCUUGUACAAGAAGGAGGACCAUCCACCUUUACACAGCUCAUGAGUUCUCUUUCAAACUUGUUUUGUGGUUAUCCGGAAGGUGGUGGUUCUAGAGUGUUCUCCUUUAACUGGUAUGAAGAUAAUAACUACAAGGUUUUCCUUGGAGUCAACUCAACCAAGAAAGAAUCAUAUUACUCAUAUGACAAGACAACCACACCAUUUUGUAAUGCCCUGAUGCAAAGUAUGGAGUCCAACCCUGCAACCAAAAUAGCUUGGAGCGCAAUGAAGCCUUUGCUCAUGGGGAAAAUACUUUACACUCCUGAUGCUCCAGCCAUUCGAGAAAUUCUAAAGAACGCUAAUACUACCUUUGAGCAGCUUGAGCGCUUGAGGCAAAUGGGCAAAUCCUGGGAAGAAGUAGGACCUCAGGUGUGGUACUUCAUGCAAAACAGUGUUCAGAUGAGCGUCAUCCGGGAUACUAUCAAAAACCCAACAGUGAAGGACUUUCUCCAACGACAACUUGGAGACAAUGGAUUAACUGCAGAUGACAUAAUUAACUUUCUGUACAAUGGUAAUCCAGAUGCACGACCAGAAGGACAAUCUAAUUUCGAUUGGAGAAAUGUGUUCAAUUUCACUGAUCAUAUUGUGCGGCUCUUUAAUCAGUACAUGGAGUGCUUAACCUUGGAUAAAUUUGAAGGUCACGACGAUGAAUCUCAUUUGACACAUCACUCUCUUUACCUGCUUGAAGAAAACAAAUUCUGGGCUGGUCUUGUGUUCAUGGACAUGUUCCCCUGGACCAGUCAUGUUCCUCCUCAUAUAAGAUACAAAAUCCGAAUGGAUAUUGAUGUAGUGGAGAAAACGAACAAGAUUAAAGAUAGAUAUUGGGACCCAGGACCAAGGGCUGACCCUGUGGAGGACUUCCGGUAUCUCUGGGGAGGCUUUGCUUACCUUCAGGACAUUAUUGAUCAUGGCAUUAUAAAGACUCAGACAAACAACGACUUGCCAACUGGAUUAUAUGUACAACAGAUGCCAUACCCCUGCUUCGUAGAUGAUGCGUUCAUGAUCACACUGAAUCGCUGCUUUCCCAUUUUCAUGGUGUUGUCUUGGAUAUAUUCGAUUUCCAUGCUGGUGAAAGACAUUGUUCUGGAGAAAGAGCUUCGUCUGAAAGAAACCAUGAAGAACCUGGGGGUUACAAAUGAAGUCAUUUGGUUCACAUGGUUCAUAGACAGUUUUAGUGUCAUGACUCUCAGCACCUUUCUCCUCACUGUUGUGAUUGUGGGUGGCGGAGUCCUUCACUACAGCAAUCCCUUAAUCCUGUUCCUCUUUCUGAUGGCUUUCACGCUGUCCACCAUCAUGCAAGGGUUCCUCAUGAGUGUCUUCUUCUCUAAAGCCAACCUGGCAGCCGCCUGCAGCGGCGUUAUUUAUUUCACACUCUACUUGCCGCACAUCCUGUGCUUUGCUUGGCAGGACCGCAUGACCUUCAGACUGAAAACUUUGGCAAGCUUGUUGUCACCUGUCGCUUUUGGCUUUGGGACAGAAUAUUUAUCCAGAUAUGAGGAGCAAGGCCUUGGGUUACAGUUUGGCAACAUAUGGAGAAGCCCGGUUGAGGGCGAUCAAUACAGCUUCUUCUUGUCCAUAAUCAUGAUGUUUUUUGAUGCUUUUGUGUAUUGGAUUUGUGCAUGGUAUAUAGACCAUGUGUUUCCAGGUGAAUACGGUAUACCAAGACCCUGGUAUUUUGCACUUUUGCCAACCUACUGGUGCAGUUUUCAGAACCCCGUGGAAGGGGAUGGUAAGCAAUCAAAUCCCUUUUUUGAACUUGAACCCCCUGGGAUGGUCCCUGGAGUAUGUGUUCAAGACCUGGUUAAAGUCUAUCCAAAUUGUUACAAGCCAGCGGUGGACAGGAUGAACAUCACCUUCUAUGAAGGCCAGAUUACUGCUUUCUUAGGGCAUAACGGAGCUGGGAAAACAACUGUACUGUCUAUAAUAACGGGAUUAUUCCCGCCUUCAUCUGGUACAGUGUGGGUACGUGGCAGAGAUAUUCAGACUCAUAUCGAUUCCAUCAGACAAAGUCUUGGCAUGUGCCCCCAGCACAAUAUUCUUUUUCAUCGCUUAACCGUUGAAGAACACAUUCUGUUUUACGCUCAACUAAAAGGCAAAUCCAAAAGACAAGCUGAAAGGGAAAUGGAAGUAAUGUUGGAAGAUAUUGGGAUUUCUCACAAAAGAAAUGAGGAGUGUCAGAACUUGUCAGGUGGAAUGCAAAGAAAACUAUCUGUUGCUAUGGCAUUUGUUGGCGAAUCUAAAGUAGUGGUUUUGGAUGAACCCACCUCAGGAGUAGACCCUUAUUCUAGACGAUCUAUUUGGGAUUUGCUAUUGAAAUACAGAUCAGGCAGGACCAUUAUUCUCUCUACUCAUCAUAUGGAUGAAGCCGAUCUCCUGGGGGAUAGAAUUGCAAUAAUUUCUCAAGGAAAGCUUUACUGCAGCGGCACACCCUUAUUCCUGAAGAACUGUUUUGGAACAGGCUUCUACUUAACUCUGGUCAGGAGAAUGAGAAAGGUGAAAGAUGCAGUGAAGAAAGAUUCUGCUUCCUGUCGAUCUGACUGUUCCUGUCCAUGUCCAAGUUGUGCUCCUAAAGUGAAAGAAGAACCUCUGGAGCAAGAGUUAGAUGGUGAUGUGGCUGGUUUGACUGAGUUAAUUCAUCAUCACGUUCCUGAGGCAAAGCUCAUAGAAAGCAUCGGGCAGGAAUUAGUUUAUCUACUACCUGGUAAAGAUUUCAAAUACAGAGCCUAUGCUAGUCUAUUCAGAGAACUGGAGGAGACUAUGGGGGACCUGGGACUAAGCAGUUUUGGAAUCUCCGAUACACCAUUGGAGGAGAUCUUCUUAAAAGUUACAGCUGAUUCAGUGACUGGAACAGAAACGCCAGAGGAAUGGAUGUUACAGCAGAGGAAAUCCAGAACCAGUCUAGCAGCGGAUAACAAGUCUACAGUUGUCAAUAUCGAUAAUAAAGAUGAACCAACAUGUUUGAGAAAAGAGUCUCAGAGAUGUACAGCUGAAAAUGCUGCACCUGAUGCCUGCAAUGAUCAACCUGGUCCUACAGAAACUCAAGGCAAAGGAUCCAGGCAGAUAAAAGGCAGCGAUCUUCUGUACCAGCAAUUUAAAGCACUUCUUAUUAAACGUUACCAACAUGCAACUCGUAGCCGUAAAGACUUUCUUGCCCAGAUUGUGCUUCCUGCCAGCUUUGUGCUCCUGGCCCUAAUCUUUACUCUCAUUGUUCCUCCUUUCGGGGAAUACCCCAGCCUAACACUUCAUCCAUGGAUCUACAGACAACAGUAUAUUUUCUUCAGUAAUGAGCAGCCGGGCAGUGAGCAGGUGGUGCCCAUAUCGAAUGCAUUCCUGAAUAGUCCGGGCUUCGGGAUUCGAUGUAUGAAGGAUAUGUCCUUAGGGUAAUUCCCCUGUGUAAACACAUCGAGCGAGUGGAUCAUCCCUACCGUGUCUCCAAGUGUAACCAACAUACUAUUAGCUCAUGAGUGGACCCCUGUUAAUCCAUCGCCAUCCUGUGUGUGUAGUACAAAAAAUAAGCUAAUAAUGCUGCCGGAAUGUCCAGAGGGGGCUGGGGGCCGACCACCGCCACAGAGGAUCCAACCGAGCUCCGAGAUUCUCCAGGACCUCACAGAGCGAAAUAUUUCAGAUUAUCUCCUCAAGACAUACCCCACUCUGAUAAGAAGCAGUAUGAAGACCAAAUAUUGGGUCAAUGAGCAAAGAUAUGGAGGUAUUUCUGUUGGAGCAAAGCUUCCUGUUCUUGAUGUACAAGAAGAAACCAUUACAGAAUUUUUCAGUAUUCUGGGUCAAAUGACCAAUGUAUCUGCAGGCCCUGUUACCAGGACCAUAUCUCGAGAACUGCAAACUUUUCUAAAGCACUUUGAAACAGAGAACAACAUCAAGGUUUGGUUUAACAACAAAGGCUGGCAUGCUAUGGUGAUCUUCAUCAAUGUCGCCAACAAUGCUAUUCUCCGAGCGAACCUAGGAGAAGAUAAAGACCCUGAAGAGUAUGGCAUAACUACAAUGAACCAUCCACUCAAUCUCACCAAGGAUCAGCUGUCAGAGGUCACUGUACUGACUACUUCGGUGGAUGUGGUGGUAGCGAUUUGUGUGAUAUUUGCCAUGUCUUUCAUCCCAGCAAGCUUUGUGCUGUAUUUGAUUCAAGAAAGGGUCUCAAAUGCCAAGCACCUCCAGUUUGUCAGCGGGGUGACACCAGCAGUUUACUGGAUGACAAACUUCACUUGGGAUAUAGCAAACUAUGCUAUAAGUGUGGUCAUGGUGGUGUUAAUAUUUAUCGGGUUUGAAAAGAAAGCGUAUACGUCCUCCACUAACCUACCAGCGCUCAUAGCUCUGCUCUUCUUCUAUGGAUGGGCUGUAAUCCCAAUGAUGUAUCCUGCAUCGUAUCUUUUCCAUGUGCCAAGCACAGCCUAUGUUGCUUUAUCUUGUAUGAAUCUGUUCAUUGGCAUAAAUAGCAGUGCCAUUACCUUCAUUCUGGAUCUUUUUGAGAAUAAUAGGUCUUUGUUAAAGUUCAAUGAGAAGCUGAAGGAUCUGCUCUUAAUCUUCCCUCAUUUCUGUCUGGGACGAGGACUCAUCGAUUUGGCAAUGAAUCAAGCCGUGACCGACGUGUAUGCCCGCUUUGGUGAGGAACAUGUCACAAACCCUUUCCAAUGGGAGUUCCUGGGAAGAAAUAUCUUUGCAAUGGCUGUUGAAGGAGUUGUAUAUUUUGGCCUGAAUCUCCUUAUUCAAAACCGUUUCUUUCUCAGCACUUGGUUUGCAGAACCUCCGAAGGAUCUCAUUGAAGGAGAGGAUGAAGAUGUUGCUCAGGAGAGACAGAGAGUGCUGAAAGGUGGAGGGAAGAAUGAUAUCUUACGACUAAAGGAAUUGACAAAGACUUAUGCUGGCAAACAUAGCCCUGCUGUGGACAAACUCUGCAUCGGUGUACGGCCUGGAGAGUGUUUUGGUCUUCUGGGUGUGAACGGGGCUGGAAAGACCACCACAUUCAAGAUGCUGACUGGAGACAUUGAGGUGACAUCAGGAGAUGCUACAGUGGCUGGAUACAGCAUACUGAGUAACAUAGCUGAUGUGCACCAGAACAUGGGCUACUGUCCGCAGUUUGACGCCAUUGAUGAGCUAUUGACUGGCCGGGAGCAUCUGCAGCUAUAUGCCCGUUUAAGAGGAGUCCCCGAAGAAGAAGUGGAUAUGGUUGCAGAAUGGGGGAUCGAAAAAUUGGGCCUUAAAAGAUAUGCAGACCAAUCAGCAGGCACUUACAGUGGUGGAAACAAGCGCAAGCUAUCAACUGCAAUUGCUCUUAUUGGAUGCCCUCCGGUGGUGUUGUUGGAUGAGCCGACUACAGGCAUGGACCCUCAGUCACGUCGCUUCCUAUGGAAUUCUAUUGUCAGUAUUAUCAAGGAAGGCCGAGCAGUGGUACUGACCUCUCACAGUAUGGAGGAAUGUGAAGCUCUCUGUACUCGUCUCGCCAUAAUGGUCAAGGGAACGUUUAAAUGUCUUGGAACCAUUCAGCAUUUAAAAUAUAAAUUUGGAGAUGGUUAUAUUGUCACCAUGAAGAUCAGAGCACAGAAACCUGGAUUAGCCCCUGAUCCAGAACCAGCAGAGAAGUUCAUACAGACAAACUUUCCUGGCAGCUUACAGCGAGAGAAACACUACAACAUGUUACAGUAUCAGAUCUCCUCCUCGUCCCUAGCCAGGAUAUUCCAACUUCUGAUCUCCAACAAACAAAGCCUCAACAUUGAGGAAUACUCUGUGUCCCAGACUACGUUAGACCAGGUAUUCGUAAACUUCGCUAAACAGCAAACAGAUGAUGAGGAUAUUCAUCUACAUCCUCGAGCUGCCGGAGCCACACGGGAAGUCAGAGUUGCACCUGCUCCACCCCCGAAGGCAUGAGAAAUUUGCAGUAAGCAUCAGGGUAUAAGAUAAGAAGGUGGUGGUGCUUUUUCUGAAAUGUGGGGUGAAGACUUUGUCUACACAUUGUUACAGGCUCUGUGUGAGCAGAUGAACAAUCUAAUGAAGUUUUAGAACAGUGUCUGGCACCCUCCAGCAGUGAUGCAUCCCAAAUACAUUCUGGUCCCCUUCGGCUGCUGCGUUCUCCCUUGUCGAGUGCAAUGCUUGGCACCUAGGUGCAGAGUGGACCAAUUAAAAAAAAUUAAACCACAGAGGGCAGGAGGAGACAGUUAGCAA